ACUGGAUGUAACUAUUUAAAAACUGGCUAUAAAGUUAGAUGGAGAAGUAGAAAUCUAAUAUACUUUGGUUUCAAUACAAGAGACGCAAUUAGGCUACGCAAGUCAAUUUAUUCGUGCAUGUAUCAAGUGAUUUGUUUUGGCUUCGUGAGUAGUUGGUGAAACGCAGAAGGCUCUGGCAAUACUAGCAUGAGCAGUUUCCUUCUGAGGGAAAAAGGAUGCUAAACAAUUGGACGUUGUCGAUAUAAACGGAACAGAAGAACCUUGUGCAGCGCUCAUUCCUAAUAUCCUAUGGCUUGAAGUUUCAGGCUUCCUCCCUGGCCGCAGCUCAUGGAUUUCCUCACGGAGUAUCCCUACAAUGUCACUUAUUAUGUCAACGGGACCGGGGCCCUCAACGGCACUGGCUGUGAGGCCAAGCACCAGUAUAACUACUAUGCCAUGCUCCUGACUCUGCUCAUCUUUGUCAUUGUCUUUGGCAAUGUGUUGGUGUGUAUGGCAGUCUCCCGUGAGAAAGCACUGCAGACCACCACUAAUUACCUCAUUGUCAGCCUGGCGGUGGCGGAUCUUCUAGUGGCCACAUUAGUUAUGCCCUGGGUCGUAUAUCUUGAGGUGGUGGGAGAGUGGCGUUUCAGUAAAAUCCACUGUGACAUCUUUGUCACACUGGAUGUCAUGAUGUGCACAGCCAGCAUUCUUAAUCUGUGUGCUAUUAGUAUCGACAGGUACACGGCUGUUGCCAUGCCGAUGUUGUACAACACACGCUACAGCUCCAAGAGACGAGUCACUGUAAUGAUCUCGGUGGUCUGGGUGCUUUCUUUCGCUAUUUCCUGCCCCCUGUUGUUUGGAUUAAAUAACACAGCUACACGUGACGAUGCUGUGUGUGAGAUCGCCAACCCUUCUUUCGUGGUCUACUCCUCUAUCAUGUCUUUCUACGUGCCCUUCAUCAUCACCCUCCUCGUCUAUGUACAGAUAUAUGUGGUUCUCCGCAAACGCCGGAAACGGGUCAACACUAAGCGGAGCUGCCAGAGGACAGACGCUGAUGCUCCACCCCCUCUCAAGGAAAAGUGCACUCAUCCUGAAGAUGUGAAAUUGUGCACAGUUAAGACCAAUGGAGGUUUACCUGCCAAAAACAAGAAAGCACAACUGAUAAAUGAGGUUCUGCACCAGGGUGGUGAUGUGGAGGUGGACAUUGUGACCACCAACAUUCCUCCAGAGAAAAAGAAACUACAAUCAACUUUGGUCGUUGACCUCCUGGCCAACCCGAGCCCCAGCCAUGCCUCGCCAUCCCAUGGUGAAUGCCUGCCAUAUGGAGAUGAGAAAAAUGGGCAUGCCAAGGAGAUCCAGACCCUAAAUGAAGCAAAACCUGUUGAAACGCAGGCAUUGCCCAAUGGCAAAACCCGAACUACAGUGACUAAAACCAUGAGCAAGAAGAAGAUGUCCCAGCAUAAAGAAAAGAAGGCUACUCAAAUGUUGGCUAUUGUUCUAGGUGUUUUCAUUAUUUGCUGGCUACCCUUUUUUAUUACUCACAUUUUGAAGACGCACUGCACAAGCUGCGUGGUGCCACUAGAAAUGUAUAAUGCCUUUACUUGGCUGGGAUACGUGAACAGUGCCGUCAACCCCAUCAUAUAUACCACUUUCAAUGUGGAGUUCAGGAAGGCUUUCAUAAAGAUAUUGCAUUGCUGAGGACAUUAUUCACUGCAGGAAUAAAGGGGAGGAGAUGGGAGAUAUCAAUCUGGAUUUUCAGUUGAGGUUAGUGCCAUUUUUCACUGCCGUGUGAAAUGAAGGAUUAACAAAGCCACACUUUUAGGACACGGUGGAAGAGCUCAAUUAUAUAAAAUGGAGCUUUCAGUGCAGGUCCAAAUGAAUGUAAAAAGUAGAGUUUUAUUUGUAUGUUUCUGUCGUUUCAGUCUCUAAAACCCUCAAAGGAAUAGUUCACCCAAAAACCUGCAAUGACUUUCUUUCUUGCAUGAUGCACACAUGGAAUCAUCUAGCAAAAAGUCUAGCAGCUUGGACAUUCUGCUUAAUAUUUCUUUUUGUGUUCUAUGGGAAAAAGAAAGUCAUACAGGUCUGGAACAAUGACUAUAAGGGUGAUUACAUUUUUGGCUGAACUAUCCUUUAUAAAAAGGCGUGCAGAAAGUGUUUGUAUGAAUGUGUGUUAAUUCUCUUUGGAGUUUCAGUGUGAAUGUGAUCAACUGUAGAUUAAAGAACCACAGCAAAUUCGAGAUGACUGGAAAUUGGAUCUUGUCACAGAGACUUUUAUGCAAGCUGGGAUCUGAGUGUCUUAGUAUGAAUUUAGAGGUGAACACAUGCUAAAAGCUCUGUUUAUUCAUUCACUAUUCUAUUUCUUUAAGAACUUGUAAAUAAAGGCAGAGUGAUGGUAAAUUCAAAGAAAGAGGGUGACCAUUUAUAUGUUUAUAAAUCCAGAACACUUAUGGAAAUGAAUGCCUUUGCAAUACCGACUAUGAAGGACAAUGUAAAUAAGAAUUUGUUAAAUACUUUUAUGGAAGCCCAUGACAAAAAGGAUCAUGCAUGUUACAUUGGUACUUCACAUUAAACCACAGCCAAUGUAUGCCUAAGGUAUUUCUUGUGUACAUCAAUAGUACAUGAGCUAUGUAAAGUUGUGUCUAUGUUUUUCUGUCGGAUACUUUUGUAUGUUCACUGAAUUAGGUAUUUGAUUUGACAUGUGACAGUUAAUUUUUUUGUGGUUGGAAAAAAAUAAAGCACAAAUAAUUUGUGGAAAUUACAUCUCCAAUGAUAAAAUGCUGUUACACUAAAAAAAGAAUUUAAAAAAGGCCAUAGAUAUUCAUUGUUGGAUUGACAAAUUAUCUCUGAUUUUGUGUUUUAAAUAAUCUUUACCAUGGUUUUGAAGGAGACCUCGUGCUGAAAUGAAUUAAGACAUUUAAGCAAUUGUGCAUGCAUAGCUCACAAGUUAUACUGCCUGAUGGCCAUUCAAUCUAUAAGUAAAGGUUAUACAGUAAUUGCACUUCACUGGAGGUUCCUCUGUUCCUCUCUGUAGAGAAAGCUACAAUAAGUCAUAACUAUAGUCAUUUACAUCAUAUUUUUCAGUUUAAAGCAUUUUUUUAUUUUUUUAUUUUAUAA